CUGAGCCCCGCCUGUGCCCGCAGAGCUCGCGGCACUCCAAGCUGGAGAAGGCCGACAUCCUGGAGAUGACCGUCAAGCACCUGCGGAGCCUCCAGCGAGCCCAGAUGACCGCCGCGCUGAGCACAGACCCCACGGUGCUGGGCAAGUACCGUGCUGGCUUCAGCGAGUGCAUGAACGAGGUGACGCGGUUCCUCUCCACCUGCGAGGGUGUCAACACUGAGGUGCGCACCCGGCUCCUGGGCCACCUGGCCAGCUGCAUGACCCAGAUCAACGCCAUGAACUACCCUGCGCCCCCCCCACCGCCCCCGCUGCCACCAGCCGCAGCCUUUGGGCCACCCUUGGUGCCACCGGGCAGCGGUGCAGGGCCGCUCCCGGGCAUGCCCUGCAAGCCGGGCACUGACACAGCCAAGGUGUACGGUGGCUUCCAGCUGCUGCCAGCCUCCGAUGGGCAAUUCGCCUUCCUCAUCCCCAGCACUGCCUUUGCUCCCGGUGGUGCUGUGCUGCCCCUGUACGGCGGCCCACCCUCAGCUGCCACCGCCGCCUCCCCGCCUGGCCCGCCACCCGGCACAGCUGAAUCGCUGACUCGGUCUGGAGACCCUGGUGAGGGUGGCAGGCACCGGACUGGACUGAGCACCGCACCCCGUGCUGCUGGCACGGCUGUACAUAGGUUAUAUGUUCAUAUUGGAUUGUGCCUUUGUACCAUAGCACUCCUUUGACAGUGUUUCGUGUUUUACACGAGAUCUUUUUUUUCUCCCUUCCCUCCCCUUCCUUAUGUGACAC